AUUUUCUCCCGAGCUUCCUCUGAGUCAGUAAACCUCCGAAUUACUUCUACCACCAGACCUUUCUUGUUCUCCGUCAUAUAGUCUUUAUUGUCUGAACGGACAAUUGAACUUGUUGGUGGAUUAUCUGGCGAGAACGGGUUACUUAUACUUCCUGUUUCACAGCAUGAACUGACGAGGGGAGAAAAAAAUACAGUGUCCACCGCAGUCCAUCCAGCUUGACCUCAGUCCCUUCCCUUACCUAUUCUCUACGAUGAGCGAACCGACCAAGAUCAGCAUCUUGGGUCAGGAGAGCAUUGUCGCUGAUUUCGGUCUCUGGCGCAACUAUGUCGCCAAGGACCUGGUCAGUGCCUUGCCCUCUACGACCUACGUUCUCAUCACCGACACCAACAUCGGCUCCAUCUACACCCCUGCGUUCCAGAAAUCCUUCGAGGAGGCCGCCGCCGGCGUCUCUCCCUCCCCACGCCUCCUAGUCUACUAUGCGCCGCCGGGAGAAGUGUCCAAGUCGCGACAGACCAAGGCCGACAUCGAGGAUUGGAUGUUAAGUCAGAACCCGCCAUGUGGACGCGAUACGGUAGUCAUUGCGCUGGGCGGUGGUGUCAUUGGUGACCUGACGGGAUUCGUCGCCUCGACUUACAUGCGCGGCGUCCGUUACGUCCAGGUCCCUACGACCCUCCUCGCCAUGGUGGACUCGUCGAUCGGAGGCAAGACCGCGAUCGACACCCCACUCGGGAAGAACCUGAUCGGUGCCAUCUGGCAGCCGACGAGGAUCUUCAUUGACUUGGAUUUCCUGGAGACGCUCCCCGUGCGCGAAUUCAUCAACGGUAUGGCGGAGGUCAUCAAGACGGCCGCCAUCUCGAGCGAGGAAGAGUUCACCGCUCUGGAAGACAAUGCGGAGACCAUCUUGACCGCGGUCCGCCGCGUGGUCCAGCCCGGUCAGCGCCGGUUCGAGGGCAUCGAAGAGAUCCUCAAGGCGCGCAUCCUGGCAUCCGCCCGCCACAAGGCCAACGUGGUGUCAGCCGACGAGCGUGAGGGUGGACUGCGCAACCUCCUGAACUGGGGCCACUCCAUCGGGCACGCCAUCGAGGCCAUUCUCACCCCGCAGAUCCUCCACGGUGAAUGUGUCGCAAUCGGCAUGGUCAAGGAGGCGGAAUUGGCCCGGCACUUGGGCCUCCUGAAGGGAGUGGCGGUCGCCCGCAUUGUCAAAUGCAUCGCCGCCUACGGCUUGCCGACUACCGUGAAGGACGCGCGGAUCCGGAAGCUGACGGCCGGCAAGCAUUGCUCCGUCGACCAGGUCCUGUUCAACAUGGCGCUGGACAAGAAGAAUGACGGGCCGAAGAAGAAGAUCGUCCUGCUGUCGGCGAUCGGCCGUCCGUACGAGCCCAAGGCGAGCGUGGUCCCGAACGAGGACAUCAGCGUCGUCAUGGCUCCGAGCAUCGAGGUGUUCCCUGGCGUCGCCCAGUCGUCCAGUGUUGUCUGCGCACCCCCGGGCUCCAAGAGCAUCUCCAACCGUGCCCUGGUCCUGGCGGCGCUAGGAUCUGGCACCUGCCGUGUCAAGAACCUCCUGCACUCCGACGACACCGAAGUCAUGCUCAACGCCCUGGAGCGAAUUGGCGCCGCGACUUUCUCGUGGGAAGAGGAGGGCGAGGUCCUGGUGGUGAACGGCAAGGGCGGAGACCUCCAGGCCAGCCCCGAGGAACUCUACCUGGGCAACGCCGGCACCGCGUCCCGAUUUCUCACCACCGUCGCCACGCUAGCCACGCCGACCAGUGUCGAUUCGAGCGUCCUCACGGGCAACAACCGCAUGAAGCAGCGGCCGAUCGGCGACCUGGUGGAUGCCCUGACGGCCAACGGGGCCUCGGUCGACUAUCUGGAGAAGAAGGGCAGUCUGCCUCUGCGGAUUGCGGCCUCCGGGGGUUUUGCGGGCGGCCAGAUUAACCUCGCAGCCAAGGUCUCCUCGCAGUACGUGUCUUCCCUGCUCAUGUGCGCGCCCUACGCCAAGGAGCCCGUCACCUUGAGGUUGGUGGGCGGCAAGCCCAUCUCGCAGCCGUACAUUGACAUGACCACGGCUAUGAUGCGGUCGUUCGGGAUCGACGUCCAGAAGUCGACGACCGAGGAGCACACCUACCACAUCCCCCAGGGUCGCUAUGUCAACCCCGCGGAGUACAUGGUCGAGAGCGAUGCGAGUUCCGCCACCUAUCCCCUGGCGAUUGCCGCCAUCACCGGCACGAAGUGCACCGUGCCCAACAUCGGGUCCAAGUCCCUGCAGGGCGAUGCGCGGUUUGCCGUCGACGUCCUCGCGCCCAUGGGCUGCACUGUCGAGCAAACCGACAACUCUACCACCGUGACGGGAGUGGCCGGUGGUGCUCUGCGCCCCCUGCCCAAUGUGGACAUGGAGCCGAUGACCGACGCGUUCCUCACGGCCUCGGUGCUCGCCGCCGUGGCCCGUGGGGACGGUGCGAAUCACACCACCCGCAUCUACGGUAUUGCCAACCAGCGGGUGAAGGAAUGCAAUCGAAUCAAGGCCAUGAAGGACGAGCUCGCCAAGUUCGGUGUCGUCUGCCGGGAACACGACGACGGCCUCGAGAUUGACGGGAUCGAUCGGACGACUCUCCGGCAGCCGUCUGGCGGAGUGUACUGCUAUGAUGAUCACCGCGUGGCCUUCAGUUUCAGCGUGCUGUCGCUCGUGGCGCCCCAGAGCACUCUGAUCCUGGAGAAGGAGUGUGUCGGCAAGACCUGGCCCGGAUGGUGGGACACGCUGCGGCAGCUGUUCUCGGUCAAGCUGGCCGGCCGGGAGUUGAAGGAGGAAGAGGAGUCCGAGGUGGGAAGCGGUACCAACAAGGACAGCGCGUCCGUGUUCAUCAUCGGCAUGCGUGGGGCAGGCAAGACCACCGCCGGCCACUGGGUCGGCAAGUCGCUGAACCGCGAGUUCAUCGACCUCGACACCGAGCUCGAAAGCAACGAGGGCCUGUCCAUCCCCGAAAUCAUCAAGCAGCGUGGCUGGCAAGGCUUCCGGGACGCCGAGCUGAACCUGCUGCAGACGACCAUGAAGGAGCGUUCCACCGGCUACGUCUUCGCCUGCGGCGGCGGCGUGGUCGAGAUGCCCGAGGCCAGAAAGCUGCUCGCCGAUUACCACAAGAACAAGGGGAAUGUCCUGCUGAUCAUGCGGGACAUCCGCCAGGUCAUGGACUUCCUGUCGAUCGACAAGACCCGUCCGGCCUACGUCGAGGACAUGAUGGGCGUGUGGCUGCGCCGGAAGCCGUGGUUCCAGGAAUGCAGCAACAUCCAGUACUACAGCCAGCACGCGAGCGCCGGCGGACUGGCCCUGGCGUCUGAGGAUUUCGCGCGCUUCCUGAAAGUGGUCACCGGCCAGGUGGACCACCUCAGCGCCCUCAAGAGCAAGCCUCAAUCGUUCUUCGUGUCGCUGACCUUGCCCGAUCUGCGCCCGGCCAGCAAUAUCCUGGAGGAGGUGUGCGUGGGGUCCGAUGCGGUGGAGCUGCGGGUCGAUCUGCUCAAGGACCCAUCCUCAGACGGUGACAUCCCCUCGGUCGACUACGUCGCCGAUCAGAUGUCCUUCCUCCGCAGCCACACGGCUCUACCGCUGAUCUUCACCAUCCGGACCAAGGGCCAGGGCGGUCGGUUUCCGGAUGAGGCCCACGAGGCUGCCAUGGACCUGUACCGUCUGGCGGUGCGAUCGGGGUGCGAGUUUGUAGAUCUUGAGAUCACCUUCCCGGAUGAGAUGCUGCGGGCCGUGACGGAGAUGAAGGGACACUCCAAGAUCAUCGCGUCGCACCACGACCCCAAGGGGGAGCUGGCGUGGGGCAACAUGUCAUGGAUGAAGUACUACAACCGGGCACUCGAGUACGGCGACGUGAUCAAGCUGGUCGGCGUGGCGCAGACGCUGGACGACAACACAGCGCUGCGGAAGUUCAAGACCUGGGCGGAGGAAGCUUACGAGACCCCGAUGAUCGGGAUCAACAUGGGUGACAACGGACAGCUGAGCCGCAUCCUCAACGGCUUCAUGACGCCCGUCUCGCACCCCAGCCUGCCGUUCAAGGCCGCUCCGGGCCAGCUCUCGGCCGCCGAGAUCCGCCGCGGCCUGUCGCUCCUGGGCGAGAUCAAGGCGAAGAAGUUCGCCAUCUUCGGCAACCCGGUCUCGGCAUCGCGUUCGCCCGCCCUCCACAACACGCUCUUCCAGCAGAACGGGCUCCCGCACGAGUACACGCGUCUGGAGACCUCCCAGGUCGCCGACGUGCGGGAAUUCAUCCGGUCGCCGGACUUCGGCGGCGCGUCGGUCACCAUCCCGCUCAAGCUAGACAUCAUGCCCCUGCUCGACGAGAUCGCGCCCGAGGCAGAAGUCAUCGGCGCAGUGAACACCAUCGUCCCGACCAACGGACGUCUCAUCGGCUACAACACCGACUGGCAGGGGAUGACACGAUCGCUGCGCAACGUCGGCAUCUACGGGGCCAACGGCGACGACAGCGCGAUCGUCAUCGGUGGCGGCGGGACAGCCCGCGCAGCCAUCCACGCGCUCCACCAGAUGGGCUACUCGCCCAUCUACGUCGUGGGGCGGUCCGCCGCCAAGCUGCAGGGUAUGGUGGCGACAUUCCCCACCAGCUACAACAUCCGGGUUGUGGAGAACAACGAGCGGCUCGAGACAGUGCCCCGCGUCGCGGUGGGGACCAUCCCGGCGGACAAGCCGAUCGACCCGGCGAUGCGGGAGGCGCUGUGCCACAUGUUCGAGGACGCGCAGAAGCUAGACGCGGCUGUUAUGAACCAGGGCCAGAAGGCGCCGCGGGUGCUGCUGGAGAUGGCUUACAAGCCGGCUGUGACGGCGCUGAUGCAGUUGGCGAGUGAUGCGGGAUGGACGACGAUUCCGGGGUUGGAGGUAUUGGUUGGGCAGGGAGUCUACCAGUUCCAACACUGGACGGGGAUCUCGCCUGUGUACGAGGAUGCGCGCGCGGCGGUGAUCGGGUCGUCAUGAGGAUGACAUUACAUGCAUGAUUCAACAAAAGCGUAUACUCA